CAGGUGGUGUGUAUGAACUUCUUUGACAUUGUGCUGGACUUCAUCCUGAUGGAUGCAUUUGAAGACCUGGAGAGCCCCCCCUCCUCUGUGGUGGCUGUGUUGAGGAACCGCUGGCUCUCUAACAGCUUUAAAGAAACGGCCCUAGCAACUGCUUGCUGGUCUGUGCUAAAAGCAAAAAGGCGUCUUCUAAUGGUUCCUGAUGGUUUUAUCUCCCACUUCUAUGCCAUAUCAGAACACGUGAGCCCAGUUUUGGCUUUUGGCUUUUUGGGACCAAGGCAACACCUAAGUGAAGUGUGCACUAUUUUCAAGCAACAAAUCGUGCAGUACCUGAAGGACAUGUUUGAUCAUGACAAGGUGCGCUUCACCUCCACUCAGUGUCUGGCCGAGGACCUCCUGAACCUUUCCCACCGCCGGAGUGAGAUUUUACUGGGGUAUCUGGGGAUAAACAGCCUUGUGGAGCUCAAUGGGGUCCUGCCCAGUGACACGGAGGAGUCUUCAGGGCCCAACUGUGAGAACUGAGUGCUUCACUGGGUUCAAACGGGCUAAUAGGUAAUGGAGCUCAUUCUGUAAUCAACACUGGAUUCAAUCAUUCAUUCAUCUGUGUUCAUCCAACACACCUUAAUGUGAGAGGAUUGCUCUCACAUUGACAGAUCAAUGGUAUGAGGGAGACCGGUUGGAUAAUAUGAUUCAGUCUCUCCCUCCUUAUCAGCUGCUGUGGUUCAAGGCGUUUCGUCCUCACGUAAUGUCAGAGGACUUGUCUCUGCCUUGUUUGGGGAGAUGAAUAUUUCCUGAAAACACCAGAAUGAAGCGCUCCCAACACAUAAAGACCAGGAGCUUCUGCUAAAUAAAUCCAUAUGGGUCGCCUCUGAGAACCAGUCGCUGCAUUAUGACCUCCCAUUCAUCGGACUUGUGGGAUAUCAUGGUCGUCUUUUUUUGUGAAAAGAAAUGGCGUGAGAGUCUGUCCACAAAUGUGCGUUUGUGUGUGUUUUAUAUUCAAGGGGGAAGGAUGUUUGCAAAAAAAGCGUGAUAAAUCCUAACAGGCUGGACCAGCUGACUACGUUUACAUGCACAAAAUAUUCCGUUUUUUUGCCCUUAUUUCGGAAAAAGUUAAUAUUCCUGGAGUGCCGUUGCAUAGCUAAUUUACAUGCAGCUGUCAGUUUAGGAUUGUUACAAAUUUUUCAAUUGAUGGCAGACACCAUUCAAAACAGAGCCUCCCUCUUUCAAUCCUUCAACCACCUUCUUGAAAAGAUGGGCGUUUUGAUUAUUUGCACAUAUUCAGUCAAACCUGUUGGUAUAUAAAGCUUUCAUCAUGUUUUAAAUAAAUGUUGAUUUUGAACCUGAAUAUCGACAUUUCCCAUGUCUUUGUGGGGGAAAAGCUACAUUCAAAUUAAGACCUAAUUGUAUUUACAUGAACCUUAUCCAAUUUGCUAUAUUAUUGUGUAUGUAAACGUUGUCACUGAUUGUCCUUGAAUCCCUCUUUAAAAAUACGUAUUUAUUCCAAUUUGGUUUCAUCUUGCAGGCUAAAGAUGUCACAUAUCCCAGGACUUUGCUGCAUGUAAGGACGUCAUGUCAAAAUGGUAACUUAAGUUGAAUCAUCCCAAAGUGUUAUUUUGACCCCAGAUCAAAACUGUCUUCUAAUGCAAAGGGGACAUAGCAGUGAUUCAGCUGUGAAACAAAAGGUUUAGUAAAGUGUUACCCUCAGAUUUUACAUGGCAAAAGAUGAAAUGAAUAUUUUUUCCUUUCUAGUGCCACAGAGACAUUCAAAUAAACGUCUAAUAACACAAUAGCAGUUGUGACAGGAUAUCUUUAUUGCCAGAAAGAAAAGUCCUCAAACACAUCCGUGAUCCUAGAAAACAAUGAGUGAAAUGAUAGCUUGAAAUCAAAAUUAGGACUUUGUGACUUUGUGAUGUGCUUGAAGAUUUAUUUUCUUAAAAUGUCAUAAUGGAAAUGCUUUUUAAUUGGUUGAAACACUUAAAUUGAUUUAAAAUGUGUGGGCCUGAAAUGUAGUUCCCUUUUUAAAAAGGUAUAUCAAGAACUAAAUCAAUGUUUUGAUUGUAAAAUGUGUAACAAUAGUUAUUCAUGCAUAAGGUUUUUCUUUAAGAUUGCUGGAUGUGAAAACGGGGAAGCAGAUUAUAAACCACUUUUACUGAGACUUAUUUUUCACUGCAAAUAUUUGGACUUGUCAUAGAAAGAAAAGCACUCGAUAACUAUAAGUUAAACCAGCCUUUAUUCAUUAACAUUGCAAAGAGGUUAUGUUUUUGAAUCCGCUUCAUUGACAGCAGGAUUACAACAACAACAACAACAACAACAACUGUUGGUCCAAUUGUUUGAAGUAACUUGGUUGGUGGUUAUCCCCCUUAUAUUUGUAUUAUUUACAUUAGUGCCUUUCCUUCUGUGACAGGUCAAAUUGUCCUCCAUGAUUACACCUUUAGAGACUUUGAAAAUACCCACAAAUCCCCCUUUUUAUAAUUGAUUAAGAGCACUUGGGCAUUCUCCAUUGCUAUACACAAUCUAAAAUGGACACACUAAAUGAAACCGUGCCAUAGUGCUAGUGAGGAUAUUGUUGUUUGUUGUAAAGUCCGACUGUAACCUAUAAGUGCACUGAUAUUAACCCUGACUUUGUUUUCUGUGAACAGAGACACUGAAGGGGCCAUAAGAUGCCAACAUGGAUCAUUACACUACUGUCAAAGCAGAUCUGUGAUAUGCAGCACACAGCAGAUUGUUUGUUUGAACUGUCAAAUACUAAAUGAUCUCAAUGGAAUGUGAUUCAAAAGGUUAUUUAUUGUUAUCUGCAGUAGAAGCACAGUAUGUAUGCUUAUGGUUGCCUGCGUGAAUGAUAAAAGGGAAGACGUUCCUGUCUGAAAAGAUAUAGUUUCACAGAUCUUUCAUUAGUUUAUCAUACAAAGUCUUUAUUCAAAAUCAUAUACAUGUGUGUUUUGUGGUCUUGAUCAUCCAAAUCCUGCUCUUGUUGCAACACGUCUUUGAAAUUCAGAUGUGAAGCUUUGUGUUAUGAUUCAUUUUGCACUUUGUCAGAAAAGCAGAAAGAUGCAGGAAUUUCCAACAACCUUUUUUUUUUCUAAUAAUCCCUUUGAGAGUUUAACUGUGCAAAUUGCAUUAUUUAUUGCAUCAUAGAACUGACACAUUAUUGAGCAUAAAUGCUGUAUAUUAGAGAAAAGAUCUUUCCCAUACAAUUUUACAAUGGAAAUGGUUUAUUGUGCUUACUUUCCAAAGUGUUGGUUUUAGUCUCCAUCUUUAAAAUAACCUUUGUUAUUUUGAUUUUGACGGCGUGUCAUCAUCCAAUCCAUUCUCCCAGGCUUUAGUCCUGCUAAUGUAUACUGUCACAUGUGGAACAUGCCAAUGCAGUUGCAGAAAGGAAAUGCUAAUAUUAGUCUUGUGUUCACAUUAUGGUCUGCAGAAAUGAAUACCCUGCAUGUUAACAGUGUAGAUUCUUUCAAAUGCAUCAAUCAUUGUAUCCCUGCAAGAUUUAGAGCCAGGCUAUUAUUUUACAAGCCCAUUUAUAACCGUCUAAUUGAACGUGAAAUAUUCAGGCUUGGACUCUCCUACUUAGUGUGUAUUCAUGAUUAUAGAGUUGAAUGAGGAUUUCAGAUGGCCAACAUGUGGAAAGAAUAUUUUUGUUCUCUUUCAAAAUUCACUGCUGUAUAUUAUAAGUGUCCUAUUCAUGCCUUUUGUCUUUUUCUAUUGUUACAUUACAAUGCCAGCACACUGUAAAUUGAUUUUGAUUCUCCAUGUUAAAUGUUAUUUUGUUAUUAAACAAUAUGUUUAUGAUGCCUUUUCCCAACUGA